AUGAACAGAACACAAAUGCCGAGCUCUCACGCUUCCUUCCAGCGAUUCUUUCUUGAAGCAGUACGAAAUGGCGACACAGAUGAACUUCAAAAAAUAUUAGAGGCCCGGGAUGAAAAGAUCAAUGUGAAUUCAUAUGACACUGAGGGGCAAACGGCCCUCCACCAAAGCUGUAUGGACGGCAAUCUCAAGCUGGUGAAACUAUUGGUGAAAUUUGGGGCUGAUACGAAACUAGCGAACAGGGACGGGUGGAAUGCUCUGCACAUAGCUGCAUUUGGGGGUCACCAAGAUAUCAUACUGUAUCUUAUACGGGCCGCCGGGACACGGACUCCUCGGUGA